UCUUUGUACCUGCUUUUUGUUUUCUUCCAUGGUUUUAAUCUGGCUUUAGCCUGCAAAAAGACAGAGCAAAGUUUAUGGUUUGAUUAUUGACACAACAGGAGAAGCGUUGAAUAAAUAUGGUGUCUUGCCAUAAAGCCUUCUUCCUCCUUUGCAGUUGCCAUAGGCAUUUUCUGAACUCAAAGAGGGACAAUGACUAGCCAGUCUCAGGGAAUACAGCAGCUUCUCCAGGCAGAAAAACGGGCGAAAGAUAAGCUUGAAGAAGCCAAAAAAAGAAAAGGAAAGAGACUGAAGCAAGCUAAGGAAGAAGCCAUAGCAGAGAUAGACCAAUAUAGACUCCAGAGAGAAAAAGAUUUCAGAUUGAAGCAUUCCAAAAUAAUGGGCUCUCAUGAUAAUCUAUCAACAAAAAUAGAUGAAGAAACUGCAGCCAAGAUCCAAGGCCUUACUAAUAAUUAUCACAAGAACAGAGAGAAUGUGCUUGGAUGUCUAUUAGGCAAAGUGUAUGACAUCAAUCCUGAUAUCCAUCCAAAUUAUACAUAUACGAUUUAAAUCCCUGUGGAAAUGUUUUAAAAGAAGCAGUACUCACAGAAUGAGAUGGCAGAUUGGGAACCAUCACUAUAUAUUAGCUUGCUACCAAUUAUAUUUUUAUCACCAGCAAGGACCGAACAAGAAUCCAUUUGGAUUUUCUGUUUCCAACAGCCAAAUUGUUACAGAUAAUUUUACUACAUAUUUUUUUUUAAAAAAAUUAUUAUUACUUUCUGCAUUCCAGCUGGAUAUAUAAUCUCAAAGCUGAAGCAUAUUCUCGAGCAUAAUAUUUGUAAUUUGGCCAGCUUUUAUAGGCCACUCUCUGGCAACGUAGAUUUUUACCCUCACAUUUUUUUCUUCCUGUUUUUGUAGCAAAGAUUGUAUCACUUAAAUAUGGGCAAAAGCAGAAAAAAGAAUGGCUUGACACCAGCAGCUUUUAAGUGGGUGUCUUUUUUUCUUCUGAUGUUCUCUGAUGCUUGGAAAGUAUCUUGUCAUAUGGCUUGUUGUAGGAAAUCUGUUUGUCUCAAUAUGUGGAGUUUUAAAAUAACUAAGUAUACAAUAAAUAGUAUAUAUUAUUAGACUGAACAUUAACCAUGUGUCUCUAGGGUAGUACAUAUGGAGAAACUACAGUCACACUUAUAGGAUGCCUUUACAUAUCAAACAUACAGCAAUUGCCCCAAGUUAUGUUGGAAUUAGAAGUUCUGUCUGUGAGUUGGUAUUUGGCCAAAAUAAUCUUCUUUGUCAUUCAUAGUAUCAGAAACAUAUUCCCUUGGUUAUAGCAAAGGUAAACACCAUGCAACACCUCUGAAAUAAAUAGGAGUCUUGUUAAAGGUAGACUUCAACUCACAAACAGUGGCAAACAGUUCCAUCACUAAGUCUAAUUUCAGCCAAAUGCAUGGCAUCUUUAUCAGAAAUGAGCUGAGCUUGCAUUAUAAUAAAUAUUUACCUGGGAGUAAGCUCCGGAAAUGAAAUAACUAGGCUUUCAUGAUCAAGGAUAUUCAGAAAGAGGUGUUUCUUAUCCUUUUAUCUUUCCUUUGCAGUCACUUGUGCCUCUCAGAGCUCCGCAGCUGAAUAGCGCAGUAUGAUCUAUAGGGUUGUUUAGUACAGGGGUCACCAACCUUUCGGACCUCAGGGACCAUUAAAUUCAUAAUUUUAAAUCCCGGGGACCACUAAUAUGAAUUCUUUUUAAAAAAGAUAAAUAAUAUUUAGUGCAAUAUAAAAAAUGGAAAUAAUUUUUCUGCGGACCACCAAAAUUUUCUCACGGACCACCAGUGGUUGGUGACCACUGGUUUAGUGGAAGAGACAAAUGAAAACUUAUAUUUCCAUUAAGUUAAUCUCUCUUAAGAGUUAAAUUUUGAAAAGCACCUUGGGCGGUUCUCAUAUUUCUAAUUAAUAGCAUUACAAUUAAUGUUAUGGGAUGAGUUCCAUGGACAGUUGCUAUGGGAUUCUGUCUAAAGUCUUUUUGUAAAAAAUAAUUAUCAAAAUUGUUAAGAUUUUACUUACUUAUAAACAAAUGUCAUUUUCAGCAACAUUUCCUGCCCUUGAUUCUGCUCCAAAUUUUUCUAGCACUUACCAUUCUACUUGGAGCAUUUCCAUGUUUGGUAAAAUAUAACUUUUUUUAAAGGCAAUUUGUCUAUAUCAGAAAGUUGAAAAUCUGGAUGUCCCUUUUUUAAUCUUCCAUUUCUUCAGAAUAUUUUUAUUCAGAUUUCCUAAAAAGCUUACAUGAUUGAAAUAAGCAUAAGGUGAAUUUUAUUGAACUACAUCUUACGUUUUGGUUUUGGGGUUUCCUUUCUCGAGAUGGGGCAAUGCUACUUUAUGGUUCAUAUGUAUCCUUCU